UGGACUCUUUAAUACAGGGCUUUAGGGUUCAAGAGAUUCCCAACUUGACUCUGAAUGCAAACAAAUUGCUGAUGAACAACCUCAAUGCCCUCUAAAGCAGGCUACACUGUGCUGUUUGAGAAACCUUCCAGAAGCGCCACCCUUGAAAUUCAAACGUAUUGUACUUUGCGGAUGGGAAAAAAACAGUUAACCAAAGUAAGAGGCUAAUUGGCAAUUUGAUCAUUUUAGAAGGAAUAAAUUUCUCUUCAUGUUCUUCUGACUUUUUGAUUCUCUGUCACUCAACUCACGUAGCAGAGCCAAAGACAGAGAUAGCACGUGUGACUUGAUGACCCAAUCCAAGGAAGACUUUUAGUGUAACGGGUCCAGAAGGAUGCGUUAACAAUCGUAGUGCACAACAGGCGACAGCGCCAUCCGAAGACAUAGACGAGUUCUACAGUCUGACACAGAAUCCUCGAGGCUUGUGUGUGAUCAUCAGCAACGAGGACUUCAUGGGCUCUAAAUACAAAAAACGUCUUGGAAGCAAAAUGGACAACGAAAAUCUAAGCAAGCUGUUCAAACGCUUCGGCUUUGUUCUGGACAUACACAAAGACCUGACAGCCGACAAGAUUACAGAGACGCUCAAGAAGCUGAGCGAGAGGGACUUUUCUAAAGAGGAUGCCUUGGUGGUGUGUGUGCUAUCCCACGGAGAAAUAGGCACCAUCAUUGGCACCGAUGAAAAGGAAGUGACACUGGAACAAAUAUUCGAGCCGUUCAAGAACGUUUCCUCCUUGUUUGGGAAGCCCAAGCUCUUCUUCAUUCAGGCAUGUCAGCAAAAGGUGCCUCAAAAGACAAACCAGGAUGAGCCGUCCAAAGAGACGCCAUCCAAUUCUGUCUACUCGGACGCAACUUGUCCUUCUAAGGAUGGAGACAUUUUGAUUGGCAUGGCCACAGUGCCUUACAGCAAAGCUUAUCGGCACACAGAAGAUGGCUCCAUAUACAUCCAGAUACUCUGCAAGGAGCUGGAAAAUGCAGCUAAAAGCCCGAAGAGAGAUGACAUACUCACCGUCUUAACGCGUAUGAACAGGAAGGUCAACAACCAUUGUUUGAUACCUAGUAGGCAGAUGCCAGAGCCCAAAUACACUCUCACCAAGAGGCUCGUCUUGAGAUUUGUUUGAACUGUCUGGAACCGUGCCUACGUAUUAAAUGAUCUGAUGUGCGCUGGACUCUAGUUUACAAGUGUGUCUGGAUAUGAGCCUUUGAGUUUCUGAAUGGUUCUGUUUGAUAGGUGAAUUUUUGCAUUUUGGUCAAUCAAACAUAAAAGUUGUCAUAGAAUCACAUAUUUUGAAAUUUAUGAAAUAAAUCGAUAAAAAAAUGAAAAAAGGUC